UGCUGUUGUCUUCCUGUUCCUGGCUGACUAUUUCAAAAACCGGCGCCCCAAAAACUAUCCGCCAGGGCCGAGACGCCUGCCGUUUUUUGGGUGCUUGUUCUAUUUGGACCCAAAGCAGCCCCACAUAGCCUUACAGAAGAGGAGACUGCACAAAUGUGGCAAAGGAGGAACAGAGCCCUUCUGUUUGAUACCUCUGUUGAAGCUACAUGUGACUCAGAAGGACAAAAGGCUGAAAUGGAAUCCUCAAAAGCUAACUCUUGAUCAUAUGGGGGGAAGAAACUUUGCUACUCCUCACACAGUCAUUCAAUUCUAUUUGCACAAGCAUGGACAUUCUCUUCCCUUCUCUCUGUUUCCCUCUUCUUCUUCUUCUUCUUCAACCAAACUCUCCACUCCUUACACUCAGGCCUGCUUCCCACCCUGUAACUUUCACUAAACUCCAAGGUCAUUUGAAUAUUUCAAAAUCAGAUCUUUUUUUUUUUUCCCCUCAACAUUAUGUAACAUGUGGAGAUUCUUUCUGCCAAGCAACAACUUUGUCUUCUUGGCUACACUACUUCACAUCCAACUUGUUUUCCUUGUUGGGAAGAUGGGAAAUGCUCAUUAUGGUGUGGAGUUUUAGUGUUGAUAAAAUACAGCACGAUAAAUGGCAUUCCUUUCCUCAGUGAGUUCUGUCUAUAGCCAGAGACUCACCUGCUCUGUCGUCCUUAUCCUCACAUGCUUUUCAUAUAAACAGCUGGCUAAUUUCCCAGAGAUGUGGAGGGUAGCUGAGUGCCUAGAAGGAGAAAACAAAGUGACUUGCACAGUUCUACUUUCAUUCUUCCUAAUAGAACCCAAUGCAGGAUGGAUUUAUUUUUUAACCUUUCAUACUAAGGUUCUAGGUUUCAAAAGAUAGAGCUUAACUUCCCCAAGAGUACAAAGACAAUUAACCAUAGAACCUACAUGCUUGCACCACUCCAGAGCUACAGGGAAGUCUCCACUCCCGGCCUCCACCCUUUAUUGCACUCUCCAUAUCUAACAGGAUAUGGGGAAGACACAAUCCUCUGGUUUGUGAAGAAAUAUGGGAACGUUUUAAGCUUGGAUUUUGCUAAUAUACCCUCAGUGGUUGUCAGUGGCAUGCCCUUAAUCAAGGAAGUCUUUACUCAAUUGGAGCCAAACUUUCUGAAUCGUCCUGUCACUCUUCUUCGACAACAUCUCUUUAGUAAAAAUGGGUUGAUCUUCUCCAGCGGCCAGACAUGGAAGGAACAAAGAAGGUUCACCCUAAUGACACUGAGGAACUUUGGGUUGGGAAAGAAGAGCUUAGAGCAGCGCAUACAGGAGGAAGCCCAACACCUUGUGGACGCCAUAGGAGAGGAGGGAGGACAGCCUUUUGACCCUCACUUCAAUGUCAAUAAUGCAGUUUCCAAUAUCAUUUGCACUGUCACCUUUGGGGAGCGCUUUGAGUAUCAUGACAGUCAGUUUCAGGAGAUGCUGAGGCUACUGGAUGAGGUCAUGUGUUUGGAGUCAUCGUUGAUGUGUCAGCUCUACAAUAUCUUUCCAAGGAUAAUUCACUAUCUUCCUGGAUCACACCAAACACUUUUCAGAAACUGGAGAAAACUGAAAUUGUUUGUAUCUGAUAUUAUUGACAAUCACCGGAAAGACUGGGACCCUGAGGAGCCAAGAGACUUCAUUGAUGCUUUCCUCAAGGAAAUGACAAAGUACCCAGAUAAGACUACUACAAGUUUCAAUGAAGAAAACCUCAUCUGCAGCACUCUGGACCUCUUCUUUGCUGGAACAGAGACAACAUCCACCACACUGCGCUGGGCUCUGCUCUGUAUGGCCCUCUAUCCAGAAGUCCAAGAAAAAGUGCAGGCUGAGAUUGACAGAGUGAUUGGUCAAGGAAGACAGCCCAUACUGGCUGACAGAGAGUCCAUGCCCUACACCAAUGCCGUCAUCCACGAGGUGCAGCGGAUAGGAAAUAUCAUCCCCUUUAAUGUUCCCAGGGAAGGGACAGGUGACACCAAGUUGGCUGGAUUUGACCUGCCAAAGGGAAUCAUGAUCCUGACCAACCUGACUGCACUGCACAGGGACCCCAAAGAGUGGGCCACUCCAGACAUCUUCAACCCAGAGCACUUUUUGGAGAAUGGACAAUUUAAGAAAAGAGAAUCUUUUCUGCCUUUCUCAAUGGGAAAGCGAGCUUGUCUUGGAGAACAAUUGGCCAGGUCUGAGCUCUUUAUUUUCUUUACUGCUCUUGUGCAAAAAUUUACCUUCAAGCCCCCAGCCGAUGAGAAGCUGAGCCUGCAAUUCAGAAUGUCAGUUACCGUUUCACCUGUCAGUCACCGCAUUUGUGCAAUUCCUAGGCUGUGAUGUUGAAGAAGGGAAGUAUGAAGAAAUGGCAUAUGCUUGGAAGACACUGGUGCUUGCUCGCACUUGAGGACAUAGAAUGAAGGUGACUGGAGAAAUGGCUCUAAUGACACUAAAGAGAUUGAAUCCAACUAUGGGUUCAUAAGUGGAAAGCCACUUACUAGCUCAGUGAUAGAACUUUUCGCCUAAGAUCUUCAGAGAAAGAUGAUUCCUCCAGUAAAGAAGAUGCUUGCAUUGCUCAUGAGAAAUGGUGGAUUACAUUGAUAUGGUAGUUGUAAAAAAUGAUCAUAAAAGUUACUUUGUCCCCUCCUUUUCUCCUGUGAUGUGCAUUUGCAACUAGCCUGUCGACACAGUUUAUCUAGAGGGUGCAGAAGGAAGGGUGUCCGCAAAGGCUUUCCCACUGGCCAGCUCUGCAGCUGCCAUCUGAGAAUUAGAAAAAAUAUUUGUGACUGAAACUCCCAACAACCAUUCUUCUUUCAUUUUGGAAGCCCCAUUCCCUCCCCUCUUCAUUUCUGAUUGACAUCUACUACUAUACAAGUCAUUUGAGAGGAAAUAAAGAAAUAAGGGACAUAAGGAAACAAGCCAUUAAGGGUUGUGUUAUAGAUGUGCCUUCUGGGGAUGAGUGCCCCACAGUCAGCUGUUCUCUGCAUGGUGACCAGCUGUGAGUCUCUGUGACAGUCUCCAUGUACUGCAAAAAGGAACUUCCUUGAUGAGGGAUGAGAGCUGCCCUUACCUGUGGG